CCCAAAUUAUACAAUAAAACCCGACAACCCUAAAUCAUAGUUUUUUUUUAAGUGUUAGUUUUCUUUUCUUAGUUUCUCCUCAGCCUUGUCGGGGACUCUAGGCUUUCUAGGCGAAAAAGAUGGAUAGGAUCAGCGAUUUACCUGAUGAGACUGUUUGCCAAAUUUUAUCUUUUCUUCCGACAAAGGAAGCUGCAUUAACUUCUGUCUUCUCAAAGAGAUGGAGGAAUCUGUUUGCCAUGAGUCCGAAUCUUCAUAUUCGUUUUGUUGAAGUUGACUUUUGGAAACCCAAGGCCAAAAGUAACAUGAGUUUCAUAGACUUCGUCGACAGAGUAUUGGCUGUGUCCAGUGAUUCUACCAUUAGGAGAUUCUCUAUGAUAAUCCGACGGAGUGUUGAACCAGCUCAUAUCAAUCGUUGGAUGAUUAAUGUGCUGAGCCGUGGCAUCUUGGAUCUUGGUCUGGACACACUCACUAAAGAUGUGAUUACAAUGCCUUUAGAGAUAUUCACUUGCAAGACAAUUGUUAAACUGAAACUAGGAAGCCUCGUUAAAUUUGCUAUGGUUCCUGAGAAUGCUUAUCUUCCUUCUCUUAAGACUCUGUUUCUUGUUCAUGUUCGGUUCUCUGGUUGCGAGUUUGAAGCUCUUCUUUCAGCUUGUCCUGUGCUUGAGGAAUUAACCUUGCUUGGUUGCCCUUGGGAUCCGAAACAGUGUCUAACCAUUUCGUGUACUACUCUUGAGAGACUCACUCUUUCAUGUAAAGGUACAAUCGCAUGUAGUCUUCCUUGGAGCUUUUCUUUUGAUACUCCAAGACUUGCCUACUUAAACUACCGUGGUUAUAUUGGAGAUGAGUAUCCGAUUGUUAAUCUCCACUCCCUUGUUGAAGCUAAGCUUUCUCUUGAGUUCAGGGGAUCUCCUAAUGAAAGCAAUCCAAUGAAUCUGAUUAAUGGGUUAAGAAAUGUUGAGGUCCUCGACCUGUCGUCUCUUGAAACCUCAAAGUUAUUAUUUUCAUUUUCCGAAUUAAUCCCACUGUUCGAAAAACUAUCUCGUGUAUCUAUUGCAACUGAGGUCCAACACGCGUGUUGGAGUUGGAAAUUUCUGCCACUACUGCUUAAAAAGUCUCCAAAUCUGAAGACUCUUGUCAUCAAGGGUCCCUUGCACUUCUAUGAUGAAUAUGGAGAAGAAUCUGAACCUCUAAUUUGUGAAUGCUUGUCGGAAUAUUCAUUCCUAUCCUCAUGUCACGUGAAAAUCCUAGAGAUAAUCGACUACUGCGGAACUAAAGGAGAGAUGGGGCAAAUGAAAAAAUUCCUCGAGAAAUUGCCAUGUCUUGAGCUGGUUAAUAUUCAUGCUAGUGCAAAAGCAAAGUUGACAUUCUGCACAGACCUGCAAGUGCUUCCCAGAGCUGGCAAUAUCCAGCUUAAGUUUUUUUCUUUCCAAAACUAAUUAUGGAUCAAAGAACUAGCAAAUCCAAGGAAUGAAAGUGUUUGGGGGGGAUUUACUAGCUGGAUAUUUUUGCAAUAGAGAUAGUUUGGCUUUUGGUCCUCAUAAAGUAAAGGUGUUGAAUCUUUAAAAUCAUUAAAAAAAUUCAAAUAUCAAUUCAAUUGAAUUGAUACUGGUUUAUACGUUUGUAAGUAUAGUAAUUUUCUUUCAUUAUUGAUUAACGUUAAUUAUACAAUUUGGUGUUAGUCACUUAUUUUGCAUUUUAAUUUUAGAGAACUAUGAUUCAUGCUCUAUUGAUAAAUGUUAUUUUGACAAUUCCUGAUAUAAGCUUUCUUAAGAGGGCUCUUUUAUUUUUAGUAGUUUUAUCUUCGGUGAUUAUACCACAAAAUACUGAACGAAUCCUCUGUCUUUUAAAAUAAAUUUCUAUAGAAUAGUUAUCCGAAAGAGUUGACAAAUCAUUAUUUCAAAAAAUUUAAAGAAAUACUGGGACGUCAAUAUGAAAAGAAGUCUUAGUCUGUGAAUUUUCUAUAUUAUAUUGUGUUUUUAUUGAUGUGUCCUAUUUAUGAUCUAUUUGUUCACCAUUUCAUUCUAAUGUUUUGUGCUUUAGACAUAUUAUUGGCGAAAUUGUGAAUGUUGUACAUUUGAAAGAUCUCAUUGCAAAAUAAAGAUUCUCAACUAAGUUAUAAUUAACUGUCUGUGAUACAAUUUAAAUUUUAUUCAGCGUUUAAUUUAAUUUAAUAUCAUUUUAGUUUUAUGACAUGAAGCUAAUUUGAAUUUUUAACAUUUAAUAAUUAUAUUUUUAACAUGCACACUGGAUUUGGGGUAUGCAAAGUAAGUAUCCGAUUUUUUUAAAAUCGGUCCUAAAAGUCAAGGUGAUAUGUAUUAUUGAAUUUUAUUUAAAUUCUCUACAAAUUUUUACUUGGCCAAAAACAUGUACCACUAAAUUAAAAACUUUUUCCUUCUUAUUCUUCACAACGGGAGAUGAAUACGCUUGCACUUGAACCACCGAAAAUAGAUCCUGGAUUAUUCUAAAUGAUCUAGCAUAUACCUCUUAUUCAAAACACUAUAUACAUAAAACAAAAAACUCUAAAACUAAUAAACACAAGCCAAAAAUGUUGGUGAACCUUCUAGCUUUCCAUUAUACAGCAUCAUUCCAUUUUACAACAUAGUUCGAUUCAAAUAUUUUACCAUACUUAGCUAUGCUUAAUUUUACCCUAACAUUAUUUAUUUGUAUGAUUUAAUUAUAAAUUAAAUUAUGUAUUUUUCACUAAAAUUAUGAUUUUUAUGAUAUAAGUGAUGUUAAAAAUAUUGGUCGAGUUCAAGCAUGAUUAUCAGAAAAAUUAUGUACGGACUCUUAGAUUAUGUGUUAAUAUAUUUGGAGUAAAGAUGAAAAUAAAAAGAUGUGAAAUACUAAAAUAUUAGAAAUGAUUAGUUUUCAAAUUUUGGUGCAUUGGUUGUUUAAUUAGAGGAGAGUUUAUUUACUUUAUUAAUAUAGAUAGAAAAUGAUUUUUUUAAUAAAAAAAAGUGUAUAAGCUGUUUCAAAUUUUGAUACCUUUAUUAUAUAUUGAACAGCCAAUUAAAUUCUAGAUUUUUUUGGGGGAAAUUAUAUGUUUACUAUUUUUAUGGUACCACCUUUCAUUUUUACCAUCACUAAGAAGACAUUAUCAAAAAUACAUUCUUCAUUAAGUGGCAAAAGACUCUUAUGUUCUUGUUAUUUAUAUAUAAAUUCUUAUUUAAAUUAAAAAAUAAAUAAAUAAAAAAAAAUAAAAAAAUAAAAUGUUUUCGAAUUAUACUUUUUCAAUUUCGAAAUUUUUAUAAACUUUUUUUUGAAAUUAUUUUUUUGAAAUUAUUUUUUAAAAUUUUUUUUCAAAUUUCUUUUUGAAAAACGAAAAUUAUGUUUGAAACUAUUUUUUCAAAAUUUUUAUAUAUUUUUUAAGUAUUUAUUUAUAUAUUUAUUAUAAUCAUAAAUUUCACAUUCCAAAAACCGUACCCCACCCUCCAGGGCCGUCCCUGCCAUAAGGCCAGCGAAUCAAGAGUUUUAGGCCACAAAUUUUCUUACAAUUUUAGAGGCCACAUUUUUUGAAAAAUAGUUAUGGUCAAGUGGUUAAAAACAUUAUUUUCACUUUUUGUUUGAGUUGGAGUUUGCACAUUCAAUGUUAUGGUGUAUGUUGACUUGUAAUGUUUCCUUGUUUUUUUACAUGUGCGUUCUUCUCUUAUUUUGAUUUUUUUGAAACAACUUCUUUUAAUUGAAAUAAUUUAUUUGUUAUCUGUGUUUUUAUUUUUCUGUGUUACUUGGAUUACAAAUAAUAAUAGUUCAAACAAAUUAGUGAUUUUUAUUUUACUAAAAUAUCUACUAAUUAUCUGUAUUAGUCUGAUGUAACCAACCUACUAUAUCAUUUUAUAUUUCAAAUAGAAAAUAUAAUACUAUAUUUUAUAAAUAUAUGCUAUUGUAUAUAAAUAUGCUUUAGGCCACCAAAUUUACCGGGACGGCACUGCCACCCCCUCAACUCUAAACCCUAAGUCUACAUUAGUUAAUCCUAAGAGUAUAAUUGUAUUUUACCCUUCAUUAAAAUUGAGGGUAAAAAUGGUUAGUGUAAACAUGAAAAGUGGUACUAUGAAUGUGCUAUUUGUGACAAUUUUCCAUUUUUUUAUGAUAAGUUAAAUUAUAUUUUAGUUAUAUUUAAAAAUACUGUAGUAUUUUUUAACACAAUGAUUUUCGGUCUCCAAAUUUUUAACUUAAACAAUUACAAUAUACUCCAUCCAUUCAUAAAAGAUCCAUGUUUUACAAUUUUCACACUUUUUAGUAAAACAUAUUAAAAUUUAGCUAUAAAUGCAUAAUUUUUUAUAAUUUUAUAUUUCUUAUAUUUUUAAACCAAUAUUUUUUUUAAAAAAUACAUUUAAUUUUUUUGAACUUCACAAUUUUUCAUUAUUAGUCGACAAAAGUUGCAUUAUGUAUCUUUUUGAAACAAAAUUUUUUUCUAGAAUAUAAAUCUUUUAAGAAUGGAAGGAGUAUUACGGAAGAAAAAAUAUUAUUUUUACAGAAAACUUGUAAAUUACACUCAACUCCACAACUAUAUAAACAUUUUCAAGAAAAA